ACAGCUGGCACGAGGCCGCGGCCAUCCCUGCAACGCUGGUUAUCAACAGAAACAUUGCUUCGAACACGUGACCAAAAGUCGCCACGCUGCCUCGCCGUCGGCCAGUCUCGCAGAAAAUGUCUUCCAAGUUCACCUUGGACAAUGGCAAAGUUGAAUACCGGCCCAAUGCAGGUGCAGAGGAGACGCAAGUCUACCGCUACUACAACGCGUCCGAGAACCUGCACGGCAAAACCAUGGAGGAGUGGCUUCGCUUCUCCGUGUGCUGCUUCAACGCCUUCAGGUAUCAAGGGUCCGACGACUACUACGGGGACUGGGCCCACGUGCGGCCUUGGGACGACAGGUCCCGACACCUCGACAACUACAAGCGUCGUCUGCAAGCCGCUGUAGACCUCGCCAGCAAGUUGGGCAUCAAGUAUUAUUCCGUGUCGGACCGAGACUUGUGCCCAGACUACGACGAUUUCGAGGAAACAUCCCGCGCGUUGGACGACAUGACGGUCUUUGCGUUGGAACUACAAAAACAGCAUAACGUCAAGCCGCUCUACUUCGGUUGCGAUCUCUUCACGCACCCGCGCUACAUGAAUGGCGCCUCGACCAGCCCAGACGCUUUGGUCUUUGCCUACGCAUCGGCCCAGCUCAAGCGAGGACUCGAGGCUGCGAAGAAACUUGGCACCGAAAACUUUGUGUUCUUUCACCCAAGAGACGGUUACCAAAGCCUAAUUCAACGGCAAGUCUUCAAGGACUUGUCGCAUUUGGCGCAGUUUUAUAAGAUGGCCGUGCAGUACAAGGAAAAAAUCGGAUACCGAGGGCAGUUCCUCAUCCAACCCAAGCCCUUUGAUCCGCGACGAUGUCAGUACGAGAGUGACGCUGCCUCCACGCUGCACAUCCUCAGGCACUUCAACUUGGACAAACACUUCAAGCUCUACAUCAAACCAGGCUGGUCACGCAUGCUGGGCAGGAAAUAUGAGCACGACGUGUACUAUGCUUCAGCCUUUAAAGCGCUUGGCGCCGUCGAUGCGUCCGACAACUGGCCGGAGGUCAACGGGGCUGCAGACGUUUGUCCUUACAACGUCCGUGACGCGACCUACGUCAUGAAGUGCGUCGUUGAGCAGGGCGGGCUACAGCCUGGCGGACUGAACCUCGGUUUCCGCACUCGCCGUGAGGCCGCUGAGCCGCAAGACCAGCUCGACAGCCACGUACUCGCCAUCGACACCUUCGCUAGGGCGUUACGCGCGGCUGUCGCUACCGCCAAAGACGGGCUUUUCGCGCGUAACUUGAAAGAGCGCUACAGUUCGUACAAUCUUCCCGUUACAUUAGUCAAUUGUUCUCUCCCAUUGUAGCGCUACAGUUCGUAUAAUCUUCCCGUUACAUUAGUCAAUUGUUCUCUCCCAUUGUAGCGCUACAGUUCGUAUAAUCUUCCCGUUACAUUAGUCAAUUGUUCUCUCCCAUUGUAGCGCUACAGUUCGUACAAUCUUCCCGUUACAUUAGUCAAUUGUUCUCUCCCAUUGUAGCGCUACAGUUCGUAUAAUCU